GAAAGAUGACAAAGACUACGCUUUAAAACAGAUAGAAGGCACUGGAAUAUCCAUGUCUGCUUGCAGAGAAAUUGCACUCUUGAGAGAGCUGAAGCACCCCAAUGUCAUCUCCCUGCAGAAGGUGUUCCUGUCCCACGCUGACAGGAAAGUGUGGCUUCUGUUCGACUACGCCGAGCACGACCUCUGGCACAUCAUCAAGUUCCACAGGGCGUCCAAGGCCAACAAGAAGCCCCUGCAGCUGCCGCGCGGGAUGGUGAAGUCGCUGCUGUACCAGAUCCUGGAUGGCAUCCACUACCUGCACGCCAACUGGGUUCUGCACAGGGACCUGAAACCUGCUAACAUUCUUGUGAUGGGAGAAGGCCCAGAGAGAGGGAGAGUCAAGAUAGCUGACAUGGGCUUUGCUCGGCUCUUUAACUCACCGCUGAAGCCUUUAGCCGACCUGGAUCCUGUCGUAGUCACAUUCUGGUACCGGGCCCCAGAACUGCUGCUCGGGGCACGGCACUAUACCAAAGCUAUAGAUAUUUGGGCUAUAGGUUGCAUAUUUGCUGAACUGUUAACGUCUGAGCCCAUAUUUCACUGUCGACAAGAAGACAUCAAAACCAGUAACCCCUACCACCACGACCAGCUGGACCGCAUUUUCAACGUCAUGGGCUUCCCUGCAGAUAAAGACUGGGAAGACAUUAAGAAGAUGCCUGAACAUUCAACACUGAUGAAAGACUUCAGAAGAAAUACGUACACAAACUGCAGUCUUACUAAGUACAUGGAAAAACACAAAGUCAAACCAGACAGCAAAGCAUUCCACUUGCUCCAGAAGCUGCUAACCAUGGACCCCAUCAAGAGAAUCACCUCAGAGCAGGCCAUGCAGGACCCCUACUUUCUAGAAGACCCCCUUCCCACGUCCGAUGUCUUUGCAGGCUGCCAGAUCCCCUAUCCCAAACGUGAGUUUCUCACGGAAGAAGAACCAGAGGACAAAGGAGACAAAAAGAACCAGCAGCAGCAACAGGGGAACAACCACACUAACGGGGCGGGCCACACGGGGAACCCAGACAACAGCCACGCGCAGGGACCCCCCCUGAAGAAAGUCAGAGUGGUUCCUCCCACCACUACCUCAAGUGGGCUCAUCAUGACCUCAGACUACCAGCGCUCCAACCCACACGCUGCUUACCAGAACCCGGGACCAAGCACAUCACUACCCCAGAGCAGCAUGGGAUAUUCCUCUACCUCCCAGCAGCCCCCGCAGUACUCGCACCAGACUCACCGGUACUGAGGGCUUCGGG